AUGUCUUGGGAUUUGUUAAAACGCUUUAUUGAGUCUGAUGUUUUCAAUCAGAAUCCAUUCCUCUCCGUAGCCUACCUAUCACGAUAUGCGGAUCAUGUUGGGAUACAUUAUGUUCUCUGCUCGAAGUUGCGACAAUUCAGUUAUGAAGAGAUUGAAUUCUUCCUUCCUCAACUGUGCCACCUAAUUAUAAGUGUCAAUAAUGAGUCGGUGGCUCUGGAAGAAUUUAUUCUGGAUUUGUGCGAGGACUCGGUCAAUGCCGCAUUAUUGACAUUCUGGCUAUUUCAAACAUACCUUCACGAUCUUUCCGCGAAUCCCCAAUCGGACGCCUUCAAGACAUGCAGAAGAAUAUAUAACAAGGUCCAGCAUAUCGUAUUCGGGGUGAACGAAACUCCAACGAAGAAAAUCAGUGAGAAUGUCUUACCUGUUACGGUUCUGGCAAGUUUCGUUCUAGCAAGUAUUGCAGUGCCAUUUCUACCAAAAUGGGCUGGACCACUGGCCAUUUCGCAGGCACGAAAACCUCAAAGUACUGAGAAUGUGGUCGCAGACACCAGUCAGAUGCAGACACAGAAGAUUGUUCGAAGCCACACGAUGACACCAGGAUCUACGCGGACGAAACAGAGGAGAGAAGCUGCGAGAAAUGCGAGUGCCCCAGGUAGCGGUCCGAAUAGUGCUGGACCCUCGGAUGCCCCACCCGAUUUGGCUCGAUCAAACUCCUUAAUACGACCCACCUCGUCAAAAUCUAGCCGAAAAGUACCCUUAGAACAUAUAAGGCCCUCGUAUCUAGACCUUAGAGCAUUGGAUCUUCGAAACCAGAGCACAUCAUCUCUACCAGAAUUACGAGACUCAAACAUACCUAGCAGACCGGCAACACCUGUCACAGCUGGUCUCCCAACAAGGUUGACUGAACCCAUCAAUAAAAGAUACUCGCAACAUUCCCACGCUGGGAAAAUCCAGACCCCAGCAUCAUUAAACCACAAACAGAAAGUUAAACUUUUAAGGCAAAACUAUUUCCGUUCCCAAACCCAAUUUCUGACAGCUCUCGAGGACAUAUCAAAUCGUCUAGUUAUUGUUCCAAAGCCAGCGCGUCUUAGUGCAUUGCGUGCGGAACUUGCUAUUAUUGCGCAGGAUUUACCGGCGGAAGUUGAUAUUCCAGUUAUUUGUCCCGCUACUCUUGUGGAUGGAAUUCCCAGUAAAAGUAAACAUCACCGUAUUGUUCGUUUGAACCCCGCCGAAGCGACUGUAUUGAAUAGUGCAGAGAAAGUACCGUAUCUUUUGAUGGUAGAGGUACUUCGGGAUGACUUCACCUUCAACCCGGAAACUCUAGACAACGAACGUUUAUUGAGCCGAUUAGUCUCAGAGGAGGGAACCCAUAAGAGACGUAGAUUUGACCUCUCGGAAUCUGGACGAUCAUACGGUAGUAACAGCAUCAAAAGUACGGAAAAUACCCCCGAUAGUGUUUUUGAGCCAAGCAAUGGCGAUUUGGGCAGCUCACCAUUAAUCAACGAAACAGAUCAAGAUGAUGAGGAUGCUCAAACGCCAAGUUACAACAAGGAGAACUCAACAGCUCCUCAGCCGACACGAAUAUCGAGUGGUACGACAACUAAGUCGAGUUUUUCCAGCCUUGCAACAUCGAGGACAUCCGGAACCUCAACAUCAAGAUCUACCAGUCCGACGCCGAAAAGAAAAAUGACGAUUCCCGGAGCGGGUCGAUCAGGAGAGAAAGACCAACCGGACUUUUCCACUCUUACAACACAUAUCAGGACCGCUACACAAAUGCUUACCCAACUCAAUUCAGCGAGUGGAAAGCGACCCAAACAUGAAGUUGAUGCAAUUCGUCAUAAGAUCAUCGCCAGUAUACAAAGUCUGGAAGAACAAAGCUACGAUUCAGAUGAUGGUGGACAGUCACAGACGUUCGAUAUGAUCAUGGAAAAGGCAAACGCAGCAGCAGCAAACGUUGUACCGGAAGAUAUCGAGGAAGAAUCACCAUCUGAUCCGGACGCUGUUAUCAACGUUGGAGCUGGUGCAGCUCGAAUGGAGAAUGAUCAAAAGACCGGUGGGGUUCAGAGAAAAGGGGAUAGAGAUGAUCCGAGCGCUGCGACAUUUGGAGAAGCCUGGAACGUCAAGAAAGAACGAAUCAGGAAGUCUUCGCCAUAUGGGUGGAUGAAGAACUGGGAUGUCUUGAGUGUUAUAGUGAAAACGGGUGCUGAUUUACGGCAAGAAGCCUUUGCAUGUCAGCUCAUCCAGUGCUGUGAUAAGAUUUGGCAGGAUGCAGCAACUCCAGUUUGGGUCAAGCGAAUGCGAAUUUUGGUCACUGGAGAAUCGUCUGGUUUGAUUGAGACAAUUACGAAUGGUGUAUCUCUACACUCACUGAAGCGUAGUCUCACACUUGCCACGAUUGAAGCAGGACAGAAUCCUAGAAGGAGAAUUGCAACAUUAAAAGACCAUUUUGUCAAGACUUUUGGACCUCCGGAAAGUGAUGCAUACAAAGCUGCAGAAGACGCAUUUAAAAGAUCACUUGCGGCGUAUAGCAUCAUAUCCUACGUUUUGCAGCUCAAAGAUCGACACAAUGGUAACGUUCUGAUUGACAACGAAGGGCACAUAAUUCACAUUGACUUCGGAUUUAUGCUUUCUAAUUCUCCCGGGUCGGUUGGCUUCGAGGCUGCCCCUUUUAAAUUAACGCAGGAUUAUGUCGAUGUUUUAGGAGGUGUCGGAUCCCCGGCAUUUGAUGAUUAUAAAAAGUUAUGCAAGCAAGCUUUCCAAGCAUUACGGAGAUCAGCGGAUCGUCUCAUCGAUCUCGUUAGUAUGAUGGGACGAGAAUCAAAGAUGCCUUGUUACUCAUAUGGUGUUGUACAAGCAACAAAUAGUCUCAGGCAGAGGUUUCAGCUGCAGAUGAGUGCGGAUGAGGCAGAAGCAUUUGUGGAGACGGACUUAAUUGGGAAGUCGUUGGGGAGUUAUUACACACGACUAUAUGACACCUUCCAAUAUCGUACGCAGGGUAUAUAUUAG